GAAAUAUUUUGUGUUGACUUCCACUUUUUGUAACAUCAUGAGUUGUGUGUUGAAAUUAUAAAAUUACGAAUGUUCUGUAAACAAAAUUAAAUAAUAGAAAACAAUAAAAGUGAUAAAAAUGGCCAGUACUCGAUACUCUUUAAGAAGUGCGGAAAAAAGGCAGACCAACUAUAAUAAUAAAACCAAAAGUGAUAUUAUUUAUAUUAUCGAUUCCUCGGACGAAGAAGAACUUACAGAUUCGGAUUCCCAGCAUUCGACACCCAGAAAAACCAAGGCAAAGUUCAACAACUGCGACUCCACACCACCGAAACAAAGCAAAUUGAAUUCCAUUUCGAAGAACCGAAAACAAUUCACAUCACCCGUGAAAACUCCUUCCUUAGAACGUCUGUCCUUAGUAAGCCCGAAGAAACCGAAAUCCAGCAAAAAAAACCUAUUCAAAGAAAACGAAAGCCAUUCGGAAAAUACAACACGAGCAGAAUCUCUUAAUGCUACUAAAACUUCGGAUUCUGAACCAAAACACGAUGAAAUUUUGCCUAAAACGACUCCCUCCGCUUACCAAUAUGCCAGGCAGGCUCUACACGGAACCUUUCCCACUGAAAUGCCAGGAAGAGAAAAGGAACUGGCAAAGUUAAAAAGUUUUAUAGACGAACAUUUAAAACACAAAACGUCCGGCUCGAUUUACGUGAGCGGUCCUCCCGGUACAGGCAAAACAGCUUCAUUGAAUGUGAUUUUAAGCGAAUUGAAUGUAGAUAGUAAGGUAACUCAUGUAUACGUAAAUUGUACAGCUAUUAAAUCCCCAAAUGCUAUAUAUUCGAGGAUCAUGAACGAACUUAAGCUAACAAACAAGACUGAAAAAAAUCAUGUAGCCACGAUCGAAGCAUAUUUAAAAAGAAAACACCAGCCUAUUCUACUAGUGCUCGAUGAAAUAGACCAAUUGGAAACCAAAAACCAAUCGAUAUUGUACACAAUUUUCGAAUGGCCCUCGAAACCUAACUCUCAGCUAGUCCUAAUAGGUAUAGCGAACGCCCUGGAUCUCACGGAUAGAAUUUUACCGAGGCUGCAGACUCGUUGCGAGCUCAAACCGGAACUCUUACAUUUCGCUCCCUACACGAAGGCGCAAAUAGUAGACAUAUUCACCUCCAGGCUCAAAGCAGCAGGCGUUUUAGACGUGUUUUCCCCGACCGCUGUACAAUUGCUGGCCGGAAAAGUGGCCUCGAUCUCGGGGGACAUCAGAAGGGCUCUCGAUAUAGGUAGAAGGGUGAUAGAACUAGCCGAUCGAAGCCGGAAGGACGGGGCUCUGAAAUCCAUGGAGAAUUUAGCGAGCGAAUUAAUCAACGAAGAAACCAACAGCGUCGAUUUAAAGCAGGUUUUAACGGUUUUAAACAACGUGUACGGAACUUCCCAGAACCUUAACGGCAACGUCGACGAUUCGAUUCCUCUGCAGCAAAAAAUUAUAAUUUGCUCGCUGCUUUUGAUGCUGAAGAAGCUGAAGAAUAAGGACAUAACAAUUGGGAAACUCCACGAUGUGUACAAGAGGGUUUGUGGUAAAAGGAAAAUCGGUUCGGUUGAUCAGGCGGAGUUCGUGGGCUUGUGUUCUCUCAUCGAAACUCGAGGAAUAUUGAGCAUUACGAACAAAAAGGAGCCUAGAUUGAACAAAGUUAGCCUUUUGUGGGACGAAGAGGAAGUUACGAACGUUUUGAAAGACAAACAAUUAAUUUCCGAAAUUCUACAGGAUACUAGUUGCUUGGGAAAAUUUUAAUUGUAUAUUUUUUUCGAUUUUAUUCGGUUUUGAC